AUGCCAGACAUUGUCAUCCCAAACAGCUACGAUGAUCUAAACUCCCAAUGGGCAUCAAUCCGCACGCACCACCACAAGGCCGAACCCAGCAUCAUCAUUCUGACCCUCUACCGCCCGGGCAAGCACAAUGCCUUCACCGACACCAUGCGCGCCGAGAUUGAAAAAGCAUAUGCCAUGUUCGACGUCGAUCCGAAAGUGAAAUGCAUCGUUGUGACGGGCGACGGGCGGAUAUUCUGCGCGGGCGCGGAUCUAGAGGUCGGGUUUGGAAGGGGUGUGCAUGGAGAGGAGGCGGAGAGGGUGCAGGAUCAUCGGGAUGGAGGCGGCAGAGUAACCCUCUCCAUCUUCCACUGCCGCAAGCCCACAAUCGGCGCCCUGCAAGGCUCCGCCGUGGGAAUCGGCAUCACCAUGACGCUCCCCAUGAACAUCCGGCUCUGCUACCGCGACGCCAAAAUCGGCUUCGUCUUCGCGCGCCGCGGCCUCAUCAUGGAAGCCUGUUCGUCCUUCUUCCUGCCGCGCUUGAUCGGGCACUCGCGCGCCAUGCAGGCCAUCACCACCGGCAGCGUGUAUCUAGCCAAGGAUAAGGUGUUUGAUGGCUUGUUCAGUGAGUUGUUGGAUAGACCUGAGGAUGUGCUGCCCAGGGCGCUGCAGGUCGCGGAGGAUGUGGUCAGGAAUACGAGUGUGGUGAGUACGUAUUUGAUGAAGGAGUUGAUGUAUAGGGAUACGGGAAGUCCGGAGGGACAGCAUUUGUUGGAUUCGAGGGUGAUUUAUGAGCUGUUUGGGAGCUCUGACAACUCAGAGGGUGUCAAGUCGUUCUUGGAGAAGCGGCCGGCCAAGUUCUCAGGGACAAUGGAUAAUACCAAAGUCACCGGGUAUCCGUGGUGGAUGCCGAUCGACACGUUGGGCAGGGCAAAGGUGGAUCCGUCAGGGAAGCCUAAGAUCUGA